GCGCGGUCCCGCUGACUGGGGCUGCUGCCUCAAACACACAACACUGUCUUUCAGCCAUCGAAGAAGAGUUCCCUUUACACGGAAACGGGCAGCAAAGAAUGACAUCACCAGAUAGUCCAGGAAAGAGCAUACUGCACACUCAUGGGGUGCUGGUGCCAUCCGGUAUUACUGUGCCUCUAAAUUAUUGAUUAGGUCUAAAUCACUGGGGCCAACAGAUCUCUGGUAAAACGCACACUCUCUCUUUUUAUCUGAGAAUAAAAGUGCCAAAAUGGGAAAUAGAUCGAUGAAGCUGAACCCUCUUAAGCAGGUCAGUGGCUCCGCUAAAUCCAAAAACAAUGGAGAAUCAACCUCGGUUUCUCAAGUUCUCAGAGUUAGAGUGGAAGAAUUGGAGAGUCAGCUAAAGAAGAAGGAUGAAGACUUGAAUGCCAAAGAGCUUCAGAUCAAACAUUUAGAGGAGCAGCUGGCCCAGCAGAGACAGUCCAUCUCAGAGAUCUCUGACACUUUGAGGAACAAGUGUCUACAGCUCAGCAAGCUCCAGGAUGCACUGAAGAAUCAAGGGGAGUUAGGUCUUCUGCCAUCACCUAUCAAAGAAAAGGUCAGUCAGUGUCUCACUGGCCUGCUCAGAGAUACCCUCAACAGGAGGAAAGGAGCAAAAGCUGGAGUUUCUGCAGAACCUUCAUCUAGAACGUAUGAUUCCAGCGGUAUACCAAAGUUCUACUUUGAGAGUGCACGAGUCUGGAAAGAACAAAGUGUAAAGAAGCUCCUCACAGAUGCUUUGAAUAAGAACCAGUAUCUGAGAAGACUUGAGGUGCAACAGGUCAAAGACAUGGUGGAAUGCAUGUAUGAGAGGACGUACCAUCAGGGAGAAUACGUCAUUAAACAAGGAGAGCCGGGAAACCACCUGUUUGUGCUUGCAGAUGGCAAACUAGACGUCUAUCAGCACAGCAAACUGCUCACAUCGAUAGCAGUUUGUACCACAUUUGGUGAAUUAGCCAUCUUGUACAAUUGCACCAGGACUGCCUCGGUCAAAGCUGCCAGCAAUGUGAAGACAUGGGCCCUCGAUCGAGAAGUCUUUCACAACAUCAUGCGGAUGACUGCCGAGGCUCGACACGAGCAAUACCGCAACUUCCUGAGGAGUGUUUCACUUCUUGCCAGUCUACCUGGGGACAAACUAACUAAGAUUGUGGACUGCUUAGAGGUGGAGUUUUAUAAUAAAGGAGACUACAUCAUCCGGGAGGGAGAAGAAGGAAACACCUUUUACAUAAUUGCCAACGGAAAGAUUAAAGUCACACAGAGCACACAGGAUCAUGAAGAGCCUCAGAUCAUCAACACCUUGGGGAAAGGUGAUUAUUUCGGAGAGAAGGCCCUUAUCAGCGAUGAUGUCAGAUCUGCGAAUAUAAUCGCAGAUGAGGAUGGUGUGGAAUGCCUUGUCAUUGAUCGAGAAACCUUCACUCUGACUGUUGGGACUUUUGAUGAGCUUAAAAAGUACCUCCAGAGCUAUGUGGAGAAUUUAGCACGGGACGAUAAGAAGAGAAAUGCUAAAAGGUCAGGAAGCUGCACUCCUCCCACCACCCCAGUGUCACAUGACAUGAUAGAGCUGAAAGAGAGAGAGAGCAAUUUUGCAUCCACUAUACCCUUCAGCUGCCUCGAGGUUAUUGCCACACUGGGAGUUGGAGGCUUUGGCAGAGUUGAACUGGUGAAAGUGAAGGAUGAGAAUGUGACGUUUGCUCUGAAAUGCAUAAAGAAACGGCACAUCGUGGAUAACAGACAGGAAGAACACAUUUACUCCGAGAGGAGGAUCUUGCUUGAGACGAACUCUCCUUUCAUUGUGAAGAUGUACUGCACUUUCAAAGACAACAAGUAUGUGUACAUGCUGUUGGAGGCAUGUUUGGGUGGAGAGAUCUGGAGUCUUCUUAGAGACAGAGGGAGUUUCGAUGAAUACACUGCCAAGUUCUGUGUGGGCUGCGUAACAGAGGCCUUUGACUACCUACACAACAAUGGCAUCAUUUACAGAGACCUGAAGCCUGAGAAUCUCAUGCUGGACACAGAUGGAUACAUCAAGCUGGUGGAUUUUGGCUUUGCUAAGAAGCUCAAGUGUGGCCAGAGGACCUGGACAUUCUGUGGGACUCCAGAGUAUGUUGCGCCUGAGAUCAUUCUCAAUAAAGGUCACGGUCUCAGUGUGGACUUCUGGUCUCUUGGAAUCCUGAUCUUUGAACUUCUCACAGGAAGGUUUCCCCCCUUUACUGGCUCAGAUCAGAUGAUUAUAUACACAUUAAUUCUGAAAGGAAUUGAGAAGAUGGACUUCCCUAAAAAGAUCACCAAGAGGCCCGGUGACCUUAUUCGAAAGCUGUGCAGACAAAACCCUUCAGAGCGACUGGGGUAUUUGAAGAAUGGAAUAACUGAUAUUAAAAAACACAGAUGGUUUACAGGAUUUAGCUGGAGUGGUCUGAAAUCCAGAAGUCUGAUAUCACCACUUAAAAGAGAGGUGAAGGGACCCACUGACCACAGUUACUUUGACAGUUAUCCUCCUGAAGAAGAAAUCCCUCCAGAUGAAAUGUCGGGUUGGGACACAGACUUCUAACUGACCCCUCAGUGCACCCAUGUGUU